AUGCUGUUUCCUGCCAUUCACAAAUGGAAUCACCCAAGCGCUAUUCUUUCCACGGUGGCUUUUCCCAACAAACAAGUUUUGUUCGCAGGUACGCAUGACUCCAAGAUCCUGUGUUUGGACUUGGCUACCUACAAUCUCGUAAAGACCAUUCCACUGGGUGACGAAGGCGAAACGCAUAGCAAGUCCAGUGUUUUGUGCUUGACAAAGUCGCAAGAUGAGCAAUAUCUAUUCUCGGCGGGUGCAGACUCUCUUAUCAGGAUCUGGUCAAUUGGCCGUUUGACCUCAAACGGGGACCUCACAGUACGUGAAAUGGCCACCUUGUAUUCUUUGCUGGAUAUCGGCGACAUUUUCUCGUUGAAGUAUCUAGAUGCUCAUCAAACGAUUGUUUUUGGCUGUCAAAACGCCAACAUGCUGUACAUGACGGACGUGAUAGACCGACUUAAUGGAAAACCUCAGUCGAAUGACGUGAACCGUUUGCCCCAUCGUCGAUAUGACAAGUUUUUCGACUCGACGGGUCCCGGAGCUAUCGCCCGAACACCCUCACCUUCUCCCGUUAAUCUCCCACGACCAGACCACGCCAUUAUGGAAAUUCCUCUUAGCAACAGCAUUGCCUAUGCUCAUAACAGCUUCAUUUAUUCAAUUGAACCCAUUGAUAUCACUGAUGUUCAACUGCCCCAUAAGUUUUAUGUUGACGGUUUGGAAGAGGGCAGCACGGAUUUUAUCGUUUCGGGCGGUGGGGAUGGAUUGAGCAAAAUCUGGGCUUUUUCCAAGCGCGACAAGCGCAAUGUGGAUGUAACUCUAAUAUCUGAAAUGGACAACGAUGAAAGCGUGCUUUGUCAAGUAGUUCAAUUUCCCUUCUUAUAUUGUGGCCUCAAUGGGGGGUCCGUCAAGAUUUGGGAUCUGAACGUUAACGAGCUCGUUUCUACUUUGCAGUGCGCAAGCAAGUGCGAUGUUGUUUCUGUCAGCGUUUAUGAGGACCAUAUUUUUGCUGCGCAUGAAAAGGGCAUUACGAAGUUUCACAAGAACGAGAUCUACGAAAAAAAUGUAGAAGACGGACUUGUUCUAAGUACCGAAAUUCUCAAUAAGCCCAGUACCGGACUUCGUCAUUUGAGACUUGCAACCGGAGCUAAAAAUGGUAGCUUAACGUUGUGGAAUCUGAAUGGGCUAAUGAGAGAUCAUGCAAACUAUGGAGUCAAUGUCAACAUUUCACCAAAUUGUUACAGUGGUCUCAAGCAAUUGACUAAUUGUCAUUCAGUAUAUGACAACGAUAGCAUGCUAGAGACCCUGCGUGAUCUGGUUAGCUUCAAAACCGUCUCUGCAUCGAAUGAAAAUCAACAUGCAAUUGAUUCACGCCGCUGCGCUUCUUACUUGCAGCAGGUGUUCACAAAAUUGGGUGCCACUUGUAACCUGCUAUCGAUAGGUAGCAACGACAAUCCGCUUCUGCAUGCGACCUUCAAAGGAGCAUCCAAUUCUAAAUCGAAAAUAGCUUGGUAUGGUCACUACGACAUUGUAUCUCCAGGUGACCCCACCAAGUGGAACACAGAUCCCUAUAUUCUGACCUGUGAAAAUGGAUAUCUCAAGGGAAGAGGUGUCACUGACAAUAAAGGUCCUUUGGUGGCCGCCAUGUACAGCGCUGGAUCUGCUCUCUCAAGAGGGACUCUAGAAAAGGACAUUGUCUUUCUUGUAGAAGGCCAAGAGGAAUCGAAUUCUCAGGGAUUUGCAGAAGCAAUCAAAAAGCAUCACGACCUAUUUGGUGACGACGUGGAUUGGGUACUAUUCAGUAAUUCUUAUUGGAUUGACGAGAAGACACCUUGUCUCAAUUAUGGCCUGCGCGGUGUCAUAAACGCUCAGCUUAGAGUAUGGAGUGAAAACCCCGACAGACACUCUGGGCUUGACGGCGGUACACAUCGAGAACCCACAACUGAUUUGUCUCGACUACUCUCCAAACUGCAGGAUGACGACGGGCGCGUGCUCAUUCCACAUUUCUAUGACUCUUUGAUCGCCCUGGGUGAUGAUGAGAAAGAGCGCUUUGAGGAGGUUCGCAAGCGAGCAGAUCUCGUAAAGUCGAUGUCAGUGGAUAAGUUGAUAGCUAAGUGGGCUCGCCCUUCCCUUUCCAUCACCAACAUGAAAGUGAGUGGUCCAGGAAACGCCACUGUUAUACCGCAUAGCGCAUCUGCGACUUUGUCCAUUAGAAUUGUUCCCGGACAAGAUGUGCACGCAAUGCAAGAUUCACUACAACAAUUCGUCGCGAGUUGUUUCAGCAAGUUUGAUACUUCCAACUACCUAGAGUUUAAACUGCUGAAUGCGGCAGAACCAUGGCUUGGAAAACCAAGUAAUGCUGCGUAUCAGCUUCUAAAAAACGAGAUCCUGGAUGCUUGGGGUGUAGAUCCGCUUUUUAUCCGAGAGGGCGGGUCUAUUCCACAAGUGCGUUUCCUAGAACGAGCUUUGAAAGCACCUGCAGUUCAGAUUCCAUGUGGUCAAAGUACAGACAACGCACAUUUGAACAAUGAGCAGCUACGCAUCGAGAACUGGUACAAGAUUCGCCAAAUUUUGGAAAGCGCUUUCUCCAAACUUUAA